CAUCCCCUCCUCCAUCCAUCAACUCAUCAUCUCAGAGACCUCGCGCUCAUCUACAUCCUCAACAGCUCAUCUCCCUCCUCUAUCACUCCCUCUUUUGGCCCCCGAGCUCCCUCACAGUCCUUGUUUUCCCGCGCGCGCCAAGAGAUCCAUCGCCGCCACUCACACCCCUUUGUUUAUCACCCCAACCCUCCGCCCUAAAUCUGCGGCGACAGCCCAUGCCGCACAUCUAGUCAUGGAUCCACCAGUCGAGCGCACGCCGCCGCGUCCGCCGAGCCCGGGACUCCCGGCCUCUGCGGCCGUUCCCACGUCCGCACCCGCCACGCCUGCGUCCACGACGCUCAAGCUUGACCUGAGCCUCGCGUCCGCCGUGUCGGCGCUUGUUCACCAUCUCGUCGCACCGCUCGCCCUCCACUACUCGCAUUCACAGCUUAUGGGUCUACGCUCCUACCUUACCGCCGCCCUUUCCAAGGCAUACGCGCCUACGUGGAAGGAGAGCAACCAGCACUUUGGGUCGGGCACGCGCUCCCUCAUCGCCGAUCACAUCCAUGGUCUCCCUCCCGUCCUCCAGCAGGCCGCGAAGGCCAACGGCAUCGACGUCGCUACUUGGUCCUCUGCAAUUGCCGGCAUCCGCAAGCGGAAGGCGGAUAGCUCCGACAGCGACUUAUGGGAGGUCUGGUGCGAUCCCGGUAUGGUUGUUUGGCGCUGGGGUGGGUGGGGCUGGGACGAAGUCGACUUUGAUCCUGUCAAGUCUCGUCGUGAAUCCUAUCAUGUGAUCUGGCAGGCCACGCCGAACAUCGCCAGCCCCGCGGCGGAGAUGACGUCUCCCGCCGCCGUGACCCCGCUCCGCUCUAAGGCGAUCCCCAUCCGCGCCCCUACCCUCAUGAACAUCCCUCCCACGCCCUCCCCCGUGCCGUCCGCCGCGUCGGUGUCGAGCGCGCCCAUAGUCCCACACUCGCCCUCGCCCGUCUACCCGACCGAAGCGUAUGCGCCUCGCACGACGGCCGCCGACGUGCGCCCCCCGCACUCGCGUCACGCCUCGACGCGCUCCGGCCCCGGCCACAAGGGGCAGGGGAGCACGAGCUCGACGGCGUCCGACUCGAGCGACACGGGCUCGCAGCAGCUCCUGACGCCCGCCUCGCGCCCCGGCUCGGCCGACCUCUUCCCGGAGGACAAGGAGGAGCGGGGCCGCGACCCGUCGCCGGCGCGCAACGAGCCCACCGUCACGCCGUACGACGGCGGCAACGUCACCGUCCUCGGCGGCGGCACCAAGCUCGGCGGCUCGCGCCCGAGCUCGGUCAUGAGCCACCGCACCCGCUCGCCCAGCAUCAGCGUCGCGUCGCGCGCACUCAACCCCGCGGUCGGGAGCAACGCCAACGGCGGCAACAUGCGCAAGCAGCGCUCGCGCGCCCCCCGCCGUAUCCAGCCCACGCUCCUCAGCCAGUUCUCGCAGCCCGGCAUCGGCGGCCCCAUGAUCAACGCGUUCACCCCGCCCCUCAAGCACCAGCCCGGCAUGCAGUUCUGGCCACACGGCCAGCCCGGCGCGCCGGGCGUCGGCGUCGGCGUCGCGCCGCCCCCUGUCGGCGGCAUGGGCCUCGCCAACCAGAUGGGCAUGGCGCACGCCAUGGACAAGCGCCUGUAACGUUCCCAUCUCUGCUCUGCCUGCAAGCAUCGUGCCUCUCGAACCAAACGUACCCUGUCGCAAACAGUUCUUUCAUCGCCAUCCCAUGGGCCCCCCAUUGUCUCUCCAACUCUUUCGUUUUCGCUCGUCUCUUUCGCGACCCCCGUGUCAUGACCAUCAGCAGCAACAUAUCAUGCCUAGCCAGUAGUUUACAAUAACCAAGCAGAUGGCACAAAUGCAUAGCGUUCCGAAC